GUGGAUUUAUACUUUAAGGGUAUCCUACGCUCUUCUAAGGAUGACAAUGUCAAAACUUUUGAUGGUAAUUCCAUGUUUGGAGAUGUUCCUAAUAACUUGGAAAAGAGUCCAAUGAUCACGAAUCAGGAACUGGAUUAUUAUGUUACGCAAUAUAAGGCCAGAGGAUUUCAUGGAGCACUAAAUUACUAUAAAACCAGAAAAGUGAACUUUCAAGAUGAGAAAGGUGCUAGAAAGCAAAUACAUCAUCCUGCUCUUAUGAUUACUCUUGGCGGAGAUAUCUUUCUUCCUCCCUCAAUCACCACGAAUAUGCACAAGUAUUGUAAAGACUUAACGAUAAGUAAUAUUGAAGAUUGUUCUCAUUGGGUUAUGGUUGAACGAACCCAAAAACUUCACGAUAUAAUUGAACCAUUUUUGGAUAGCAUACCACAAAAGGAAAUUCAGAAUACCGAAAAGGGGUCAAGUAAAGCAAAAUCUACAUUUAAAGCUAAAUUUUAA